AUGGAUGGUGAAUUGUAUUAUGCUGCAAUUGAUGGAUUAAGCGACCACAAUCUGUUUGGUGAUGUGGACAACAUCAGAUCCCGCGGCCAAAACAACACUAUUCUUCAUAUAGCCGCUAAAUCUGGGAAGCUAAGGCGACUUGAAGAAGAUGAUUAUCUUCUGCGUUUUCUUUAUGAGCAAAACAAUGAAGGAAACACUCCACUUCACAUUGCAGCAAAACUAGGGCAUCUGGACACUGUAAGAAUUCUAGUGGAAAUGGCAAAAAAGACAGAUGUUGAGCAAAGCAAGAGUCUAUUGACAUUGAAGAAUAAUAAGAAAGAUAUAGCGCUCCAUGAAGCUAUUCGCUAUAAUCACUUGGAGGUUGUCAAGUUACUAAUUAAAGAAGACCCUGAUUUGGCAUCCAUAGUAAAUGGCGAAGGAGACUCUCCUCUUUUCAUGGCGGUGGAUAGACGCUUUGACCUAGUGGCCCUGCAUAUCCAAAACAAUGCUCCAAAGUGCUCUCGCCAAGGAAGGAAUGGCAUGAACGUCUCGCACGUAUACACCAUUCGCUCCAAAAGACAUGAUGGGUUUCAGGCUCUGGAAAAACAACAAGCUUCAGAACUAGAACAAGCUGAUGAUUUUGGAUGGACUUCUCUUCACUAUGCCGCACAUAUUGGCAAUGCGGUACUUGUUGAACAAUUUUUGCAGAAAGAGAGUAAGAGCCUUCCUUUCUCAAAGAACAAAGAAGGUAUGUCUGCCCUUCACAUUGCAGCAAAGAAAGGACAUGAUGCUGUCAUUAGAGUGCUGAUGAAAAGCUGUCCAGAAGUUUGUGAGUUGUUGGAUAACAAUGGUCGGACAGCUCUUCAUAUUGCGGUGGAAAGUAGAAAGGUAAUGGCGGUGAAAUUUCUCCUAGAUCAGGCCAUGGCAUUUCAGGAUCUUAUAGAUCUCCAAGAUAACAAAGGAAAUACAGCUUUGCAUGUAGCCGCUACUGUAGGAGAUUUCCAUAUUUUAAGAAUUCUUACAAAUGACUCAAGAAUUGACAAAGGAGCUACAAACAAGGACAAAAUGACAUUUGUUGACAUAAUCCUAUCAAGCAAGGAACUACAGGAUACUGAAAUUUUGAAGAUCAUGGUGGGUUUGGAGAUAGAAAUUGUUUUACCACCAGUGGAUACAAGAAAAACAAAUAAAGCAGAGAGUAAGGAAAAUAAAAAAGAUGAAAUACAAAUUGAAGAAGACGAAGCCGGCUGUAAACAGCAAAUUAAUGAAGCAGAGAGUAAGGAAAAGAAAGAAGUUGAAAUACAAGUUGAAGAAAACAAAGAAGCCGGCCGGAACCAGCCUGAAAAGAUGGUAAUGGUAUCAUCAGACAAGAAGGAGCUGUCUAAAAAUGAAGGAGGAUUUGAAAAUAUGAUGAACGAUUUCACCAACCUCAAUAUACUGGUAGCAACAAUCAUAGCCACCGCCACUUUUGCGGCCGCUUUUGCAAUGCCCGGUGGUUACAACAACCAAGGGCUACCAGUUCUCCACAGAACUAAAGAAUUCAAACGGUUUCUGUUUUAUGAUCAAUUGGCUCUUUCUCUAUCUACUGCGUCCUUGUUGCUCCACUUUUUUCUCACGCUAUUAGGAAAAAUAUUCACAGCCACUUUAUUCCCAGUUGCUUUGACAGGAUAUCUUACAGGAUUCGCACUUUUUGCCAUGGUUUUUGCCUUUGACCAAGGCAUAAAGACAGUCAUCCCUAGAACAGAGAACCACGAGUACCUCAAGGAUGUAGAUAUAAUUACGACUCUCAUCAUGUUUAUUGGCUUCUACGUCUUUGUUUUUUCUUCUUCUCUAUUAUUGGGCAACUUAUACGCAACAGCUAGAAGAUUUGCGCCUCCCAAGAUCGUCAGAAGUCGUUUUGGACUCUGGAGUUGAAACAUUAUAUUUAAAUUCAAAUUGCAUGUCAAUGAUGGAACUCCCUAUGUAAUGUAUUAGCCGUGCUGGAUAUUGUUAAGUACUUCCAAUGAACUCCACUAUUAGUUUUA